AGGAGAUGGGGACCUCAGGAGCGAUACUCUUGGUAGUGCAGCCUUAGCUCUUGUUGGGUUCUUAUCUGUGUUGCUGUUGGCAGAAUUCUCAGAACCUGCUGGGGGAUGUCUGACUAGCUCCGAUGGAGCUCCACUCCCUUGCUAAGAAGAGCAGCCAGGCUUUCCUGUGCGAUGCUGGGGACUGGCAUUCAGGAGGCCCUCCUGAUGGCCAGGCAGAUGCAGCAGCCAUCAAAGCUGCUCUCUGCUGCCAGAGACACUGUACGUCAACACCAAAAGCAGCUGAGAUUGAAGGAUCUAAACUUAGUCCUUCUCCAGCAUCCCCCUCCUCCUCUUUGCAAGACAGAGUUAUUCAGACAGACUCCUUGCCACCAGGACCUCUCAACUCAGGGAACAACCAAAUAACAGCAGGGCGGAAAGUCUGCAACUGCUGCAGCCAGGAAUUAGAAACUUCUUUUACCCGUGUGGAUGAGAAUGUCAACUUAGAGCAAAGGAACCGAUGCUCCCCUUCAGCAAAAGGGAGCAAUCACCUGGGAGACCUUGGCUGGGGAAAUCCAAACGAGUGGUCCCAUGAGGCUGCCGUAUCCUUGAUAUCCGAAGAUGAGGAUGAUGUAAGUUCGGAAGCCACAUCUUCAGGGAGGUCAGUUGACUAUGGUUUCAUCAGUGCCAUCUUGUUCUUGGUCACUGGCAUCUUGCUGGUGAUCAUCUCUUACAUUGUUCCACGGGAAGUGACUGUGGAUCCCAACACCGUGGCGGCCCGGGAGAUGGAACGCUUGGAGAAGGAGAGCGCAAGGUUGGGGGCUCACCUGGAUCGCUGUGUGAUUGCGGGACUCUGCCUGCUCACUCUUGGGGGGGUCGUUCUGUCCUGUUUGCUGAUGAUGUCUAUGUGGAAGGGGGAGUUAUAUCGUCGCAACAGGUUUGCCUCUUCCAAAGAGUCUGCAAAACUCUACGGUUCUUUCAACUUCAGGAUGAAAACCGGCACGAAUGAAAACACCCUGGAACUGUCCUUGGUAGAAGAAGAUGCUCUUGAUGUACAGAGUUAAUUCUGGUUGUGAACUUCUUGAGGGUCUGCGUUAGCAUUUUCUGUGAAAACAAACCAACCAACCACUUUUCUUAAAAUUAACAGUGCAGUUUAUUUGCUUGUCAGGAAAUGCUCAUUUCACAAACCAACAGCCAGUGAGUGUUUUUGUUCUAUAUGUAUUUUUUAUUUACAAGAAAAGCUGUGUUAAGAUGCAUUAAGAAACUACAACCAGCUACACCUGUCCUUGUAAAGAGCUGAGAUUAAUUAAUCUAUAAUGGCCAUCAGCUUCUGUUUCUAUAGCAAAAUAUUUCUAACAACCAGCGUACAAAUGAUUUUUUUAACAUGAUAUGGGGUAUUAUUUGGACAUUAAGAAGUCCUGCACACAGUAGGGUCAAUUAGUAACUUAUUUUGUGAAAAAGAACCUAAGCACUAAUCACAUAAUAAGGCUUACAUUUAAUUCUCAAAGGUGCUUAUCCAUUCUCUUGCUAAAUUUUUUCUUCCUCUGAUUUGGCUGAGCAUUAAAAUAUAGGGUUUUGAAUUUGAAUAUUUUGAAGCUUGAGGAUGUUGAUUAUUUUAAAAAUGCAAGAAUAUAUAUGUUGUAUUUAUAAUUAUUCCUGUACUCAGAAUUGGUAACUAAGUCAUUAGAAUAAACUUUCUAGGAAAAGAAAAAUAUAUAAAUCAUUAUUAGACCAAUCUGAAUUUAACCGAGAAUGUUAGUGCCAGAUAUGAGCUGAUGUUGCAUGCCCAUUUUCUAGGUAAAGUAAAAUUAAUUGCUUACGUAAAUUUCAUUUUCUGUUUGUCGUUUAGCUAUCCCACAGGUUACCCGGGCUCUUGAAGUCUUUCCUGGUUCUCACACCAGAGAGGCAAAGCAUUAGACAUUUUUAAUAUAUUUCCAGACAUAUAAACCUCUAGGCAGGUCAGAGUCAUGAUUAGCUCAGACACACCCAGGUGACAUUUUGUUAUUGUUUGGAGAAAAUUUCCAAUACAAUUGCAGCUAGACUGUUAGAAACAUUUAGAAAUUGGUAUCACUUACUCUUGGCGAAGCAACAAACCAUUGCCCCAGGAUGGAAGCAGUCCUUAAGCCCACAGCCAAAAAAUUAAAAGAUAAGAGUGACAAAGAGAGAGGAAACUGAUUCAGUGGGAACUGCAUCCUCACCAAAACUCGCCUCCUCCUAACAUGGUCUAAGUGUCUCUCUCCGUUCCUCAUCCAGGCUCUCAGAAACUGUGAUGCCUUGCCUCAUGAUGUUUACACUUGCUCCAUGAGAGGCACGAUGAGCAAAGUGGUCACAACUUUGCAAAACACACACCCAGUGUCCACACUAACACACUGUCUCCGUACAGUUAUGGUUCGGGAAGGGGUAGGAAAUGGAGCCUCAAAUAGCUUGCAUUUUGCAAUUAAUCUUUGAGGUGUUUCCAUCCUCCCACUGCAAGAGCUCUUUUAACUUCCAUUAGUGCAUUACCAGGAUCUUACAAAGGGCUGGAACUUGGAAUUUGGGGUGGGAGGGCAGAGAUGGGUAAGUGAGAACAUGAUUUCUUUAUUGAUUCUAAAGCAUAAUUCUAAUGCCUGAAGUUUUUGUUGUUAUUGAGGACUGGAAUAUGUGGGUGACUUUGGCUGGCAGAGUGUGUGAGUCAGGAUGUUUAUGUGAAUGAGCUCCUGUUGAUGUCAGAGAUUGAUUUGAUGAGUUAGGUACACUGUGUGUUACUAAGGGUUAAGAUGAAAAUCAAAAAGGUAGGAUCAGAAGAUAGUAAAAAUAGAGAGGGCAGGCAUGUGAAAGAAUUAUUAGGUAAAAAUGAGAACUUGCGUGGACAUCAGAGGAAGCUAGAUGUAGCUGAAUUACCUUAUUCUAUAUAACAGGCUAUUAACUGACUUGGAAAUAAUUGGAACAUCAUAAACGUGAUUUUUGUUUUCUAUUGCUGUUUCAUCGUGCUUUUUGAAAAAAGUUUUUGUUUUAUUGUGAUUCUCAUGUUACCGUUUAUGUUGAAGCUGGCUUGCUGGAAGUAUAAAUUCAAUAUUUUGAAGGUUUAUAAAUUAUCAGAUUCUAACCUGCUUGGGCUCCACCAUACAUUAAGUUGAGGCAAUAAGGUAAUGAUAUCCUUGGAUGAGUGAGUAGGUCUGGGCUGUGUGUCUUUUAAAAAAAAUACAUUAAAAAAAUAAUGCUUGUUCUUAAAAGCUAAGUGGGAUCAGCUGUGUUUUGUUUUUAUUUAUUGGAGAAACAUGAUUAAUUAGCCAAAUUGCAGGCUAAACUGAAUUAAUGUGUAGCCUGAUUUUCAGCUCAUGAAGGAAGACAAGUUUGAGAAUCAAGUGUUAGGAAGUUUUUCAAUAAUGUAAAACUGGAUAAAGGAGAAGAAGCCAGAACUUUUCAUUUGGAAACAUUUAAUGAAUCUUCCAGUGCUACCAAAUCACAUACAGUUCUGA